GGGGAAAAGUCGAACUCCUCCCCUGCCAUACACGGCGCUUUGACUGAGUGUCAUGUUUUUGUCCGUGACGGGACACUGUCAGACCUGAAGUUAGUGCACGGCGGAACCACGGCUGACGGUUGAUGAAAGAAGACAUUCUUGGAGCUGAAGGACAGUUCUGAAGGAAGGAGCUGUAGUCAUAGGUCCUGUUACACUGCUGGUGUAUCAGAAAACAAUUGCUAUAUUCGAAGGCAUGCUUUCAUUGAAACCUCAGGUUAAUUUAAAUCAAUGAGGCCAUAUAAAUAUAAAUAGUGACGACUCACGACUGUUUAGCUGGCGCAUGGUUGGCAGAAAGCCACCAUGUACCAAGUAGUGCCAGGGGGCGCUGGGGGCACCAUCACGGAUGCCCCCCCAAUCAAGAAGAUCAGCAAGGACACGCGGCCGGUGGUGGCUGCUGGCGUUCUUGGGGUGGUGCUGGUGAUCGCUGCGGUAACGGCAUGGUGCUAUUACAUCGCCUCGCUGCCCAAGCCUGACCUGCUGAGGACGGAGAUGCUGGAGCUCAACAAAGACGGGUUCAUCAUACGCAACCAAGCAGGAGCCACCGUCUUCAAGAUGGCCUUCAGGUCAGGUACUUUGGACCUGGACUCGUGCUACAAAGACGGUCCUAUCCUGAGGUGUGGGCGUUCAAGUGAUGGGAAGCUCAACUUCUUCAUCCAGACCGUCUUUGUCAAGACAGUCUCAUGCUACCGUUUGAGGUGGGAGGAGCUGGAGUCCGACCGCCCGGUGGAGCACGCCAUGUCUUAUAACGGUUCGCAUUGGUACGGCGGCGCCGAGUCCGCCAUCCAGCACUGGCCCAUCACCAUUUCGGGCCAGCAAAAGCCCAAGCCUUUCGUGACCAGUGAUGUCUACUCCAACCGGAACGAAUUCGGCAGCAUCCUAGAGCGCUACUGGCUCUCCUCCACUGCCACUGCCAUCAAGAUCAACGACUCCGUGCCCUUCCAUCUUGGCUGGAACGACACGGAGAAGACCCUUUACUUCCAGGCACGGUACCAGGACAGCCCGUACAGACCUCACCUUGGAGAACCUCCAUAUGCUGAGCUCAGUUACCGCGUGUGUGUAGGGUUCGAUGUCGGAUCCAUCCACAAGUACAUGGUGCGCCGGUACUUCAACAAGCCCUACAAAGUUCCCUCCAAAGUCAUGUUCCGACAUCCGAUCUGGUCCACUUGGGCCCUGCACAAGACUGAGAUUAACCAGAACAAACUGCUUGAGUACGCAGCCAAGAUACGAAAGUAUGGCUUUAACUGCAGCCAUCUAGAGCUGGAUGACCGCUAUACUCAGCGGUACGGUGACUUUGAUUUUGACCUGGAGAAGUUCCCUAAUGCCUCUGGCAUGUUUCAGCAGUUGAAGGAAGAUGGCUUUCUUGUGUCUCUUUGGACGCAUCCAUUUGUCAACUAUGACUCUGAAAACUUCGGGUCGGUAGUGGAGAAGGGCUUGCUAGUGAUGGAGCCCACAGGAAAUCUCCCAGCGUUAGUUCGCUGGUGGAAUGGAAUCGGGGGGAUCCUAGACUUUACUAACCCCGAGGCACGGAACUGGUACUCCUCGCAUCUCCGAAGCCUACGUCUCAAGUACGGUAUCACGUCCUUCAAACUUGACGCUGGCGAGACUAGCUACUUGCCCUGGCGGUUCCGCACACGUGCCCAUCUGCAGGACCCCAGCACCUUCACGCGACGCUACACCGAGAUGGCCAUCCUCUACAACGAGCGAGCCGAACUGCGCUCGGGGUACCAGUCGCAGAACAUCUCCUGCUUCUUCCGAAUCAUCGACCGUGACUCGGUUUGGGGCUACGAGCUCGGCCUCAAGUCCAUCAUCCCCGCCGUCCUUACCAUCAGCAUCCUGGGCUACCAGUUCAUACUGCCAGACAUGAUUGGGGGCAACGCCUACACUAACCGCACACACGGGGGCCUUGUCCUUCCAGACCGGGAGCUGUACAUUCGUUGGCUGGAGCUCUCUGCCUUCAUGCCGGCCAUGCAGUUCUCCAUUCCACCCUGGGAGUACGACGACGAGGUGGUCCAGAUCGCCCAGCGUUUCACCAAGCUCCAUGAGACUCUGGUCGCACCCCGAGUGCUGGAGCUGGCCAGCGAGGUGUUGGCCACGGGGGACCCCAUCAUACGCCCCCUGUGGUGGAUCGCCACCACGGAUGAGACGGCCUACAAGAUCGACUCACAGUUCCUCAUUGGAGACGACCUGAUGGUGGCGCCAGUGCUAGAACCAGGGAAGCAGGAGAGAGAUAUCUAUCUGCCACCAGGCCACUGGAUUAGCUACAAAGGGGAACGUUUUGACAUCAAGGAGCCCUUGCACCUCACUGACUAUCCAGUGGACCUAGAUGAGAUUGCUUAUUUUGAAUGGAUCGCAAAAGCCUAGGCAGUUCUGCAAUGUUCUGCAUGGGUUUUUUUUUGUUAGUUUUUUUUUAAACAUUUUUUGUCAGUUUCAUUCUGUAUGAUCAGGAGUUGAGUUUCAAGGUAGAAAACUGGAAUGUAGAAAAAGCAUUUACACCAGUAUAAACCCUAAAAUGUGAUAUUUUUCAUGCAAUCAGGCUGUGAAAUAAUGAUUUAAUUAUGCAAUAGGAAAAUGUUACAACCCCAUUUAAAGCUUUAUCUUAAAAAAAAUGAGCUCAUCCUCUCAGUAGUGUAAAUGCUGGUUAAAUGCAGGCCUACUGUUUUAUGCCAGACUAUAUGUUCUUUUUUUUCUUUUUUUUUUCGUGAUGUGGUUGUUGUAAGGCUUAACUCAGGCUCGACAAGCAACAAACGGAUCAAAUCCCCAAGCGGAAAUGAGCACAGAGAACCGAGACCCCAGAAUGACUCAGUUGUCCCUCUUGGUGCUGCGGACAACCGCACCAUGAACAGUAAGCUUUUAUCGGCAACUCUCACAAGCCCCCGAUUUGUUGUCUGGCCGUGGGACACAGACAGUUGGACGAAGCACAGGGCAAAAGUCCACUCAUGCUUCUUCAUGUGCCUUGCCUUUUACCAUUGAAUGUAUUUUACAAUGCAAUAAUGUAGUUAUUACCAUAAAUGUUUGGAAUUGCGAUGUAUUUAACAACAGACGAAAAGCUUUCUCAUAAGUACUCUUACAUGUAAGGCAGUCUCAGUGACCCAUGUAAGGUUAUUGUUGUUAUGUUUCAGGUUUCUCUAUAUGCAGGGCAGUGAUACUGAUAAAAUAUUGAUCGUUGUUAAAAAGGGAAGCUUUGUGUAUCAAAAUCUACAAUAUGAUCAUUGUUAAGUAUCUAUCUAUUGCUUUUGUGGUGCUCUCUGCUCCUAUCUGUUGUAUUUAUAGUCACCAGUUUGACCUCACAGUAUAUUUGACUUUAAAAUGUGUUUGCUAGAGCUAUUUAUCUGCUGAACCUGAAUCUUUAGAAGCCUAAAAACUGACUGCUUUUGUUAUAAGCUACUAUUGCACAUCCGAACAUGCAAUAGCCUUGAGUGUGUGCUACUUUGAUUCCACGGUUUGUUAUGUGGCUCUAAGCAAUAAUACUGACAGAAAGUUUAGGAAUUAGGCCCAUUUUAGUCUAUUUGGGAAUGCAUUUGACCUGUUGCUGCCUCUCUCUCCAACAGCUUUGUUCAUCAUAUUUAUGCAUCGUUUAACUGAUUUUUAUGAAAUGCCAAACAUGUAGGUGAGACCUAUGAGUUGUGAGUGGAAUUGCAAACUAAUUCUCGAGUUCAAGUUCAGCACUUUCGAUGAUUUUCACUUCCUUCUGCCAACCAUGUCUUACUAUACUCUUCUCGCUUUGCCAAUUCAACCAACACUGCCACAUUUGUCCAAUUAAUAUUACUAUUUUCUAAGCAUGCAUUUUGCUUUCAGCUGCCUCCAGAAACGCUUUCACAUUAGAUUGGCUAUGCUUCAGCCUUUGCUAUUGUGUCCUUGGCCUUUAGGAUCCUUUAUUGUCCUCAGUACAACUUUAUGUGGUCAUGUUUUCUGCAGUUGAGCACAUAGCUGGCAUCAACUGCUGAUCUAAAAUUGCAGGGGACUAUUUUUAGCUCUGUUCUCUCCAUGGCUUGUGUGAUGUGCUGCAUGUUGUAAUGGAGUGUGUGUGUGUGUGUGUGUGUGUGUGUGUGUGUGUGUGUGUGUGUGUGUGUGUGUGUGUGUGUGUGUGUGUGUGUGUGUGUGUGUGUGUGUGUGUGUGUGCAGAGGGAGAGAGAUAGAAAGCUCUAGCAUUGGUUAGCAUCAUGGGUGUCUGUAGUCAACCAAUAUAAGGCAACGUUUGUUAUCAGGAUGGUGGUGUUGUGUAGUUUUGUGUUUGGCUGGACAGUACCCCUCUCUUUUAGCUAAUGUCGUAGAGCUGAUAUAUAAAGGGAUCAGUUAUAUUUGUAUGAUGAAAUGGAGUACGUUGUCUGAUCUAUAUAAGCUUUGGGGAAAUCUGAAAGGGUGUACUUUUUUAUGUGUUUAUGUGUAUAAAUCUUGGAACACCAGCAUGUAGCUUUUAGGCAGAGGUGUACGUCCCUCUUCUGCCCGACACGGUCACCCUUAUUUAGCUGGUGAAUCCUUAUCAAGAAAUCACUGCUGACACAUGGGAGAAUCACCUGCACAACUGCCAUCAGGAAAGUUGUUUUUACCCCCUCUCACAAUGGGUAGAAAAGAUCGUAAACAAGAUUCUGUCCACGUCAAAAUCCCACGGGUUGGACAUUUUUAGUCAUCCACCAAUCCCUGCCUGGGUGGCGUGAUCUCCCUAUCUGUCACAGCUGUUUUGCACACCCAAAGUAUAAGCUGAAUGUGUUGUAGUUAGAAAAUGGACGUCUGCUUGUGCCACAGUAUUUGUGCAGCAGGGAUGCCGUAUAAAAUAUCCAAAACUUAAAAAGUGUUAUUCAUAGCCACACAGUGGCAGUAUUCUGUGUGAGCUGCAGCAAGCUGAUAACAUAGAUGUGCAUGUUUGCUGGACAAGGCCUUGUGAUGCAUAUUUCUUCCGAAUAAGCACAUUAGUCUGUAUGAGUAUGCAAACCUGUUGUGGCGUCUGUUCACCACACGAGGGCAGGGCACACCUUGCUAUGUUGAAGCACUCGCCUGCUAAGGGCCAGAAGCCAGGAAGUGCUGUCUUUGGCAGGAGAGCGGUAUCGAUAUUUAAACCCACCUUAUUGGUGUGGUUGAACACGGCACAAUGUCUAGCUCCGUCCAGGAGAGUGGGUUUGGAAACCAGAUACUAUAUAUCACAUUGUUUUCUUUGUGGUGUCAAGAGAGCGUUCCAAAGUUAGGGUAUUGUUCCACCAUCCCACCACCAUCCCUUACACAAGGCCACAGGGAUUUUUCUUAAAAAAAUGAUAAUAAUAAUAAUAAAACUGUUACUCCUAGUUUAUCUGUCAUAUAAGAGUGCUAUUUUCACUGAAUCAUUUUGCCUGUUUUUUUCAUGCAAUAUUGAAUGUAUGAUUAAAGAUGAAUAAACUCUUGUAACCUUU